UCACCUUGAACCAAUAUACGUUUCUCGUGUUUCCAUCAGUCCUUUGUACCAUUAUACUAGCGAUUUUUUUAUUACUGCAUUUUCUUCUCACUCCAAUUACACCGGAAUUAUUCUAAAACCUCUUUUCAUCACUCGGAUCCUGAUUGAUCGACGUCAGCCGUGAAUCGUCUUGGAAGAAAAGAAGAAGAAGGAGGGAAAAAUGAGGGCUUCCAUGGCAAGACGCAUGGCAGCGGCAGCCAACUCGUCCGCCUCGUCCUCUCUGAGGCCGGCACCCUUGGCUUUGCUGCCGCCUAUUCCACUGUAUCGAAGGCUGUUCAGGGCGCACCGCAAGCAUUUGCCUCCCGAGAUGCGGCUACUUGGAGACGAGUACAUCAAGGCUGAGUUUAGGGCCCACCGUAACGUUGACAACCCGGCACAUCUUAUUGGCUUUUUAACCGAGUGGCAACUCUAUGCCCAGCAAGUGGAGGGAGAGUCAUGGCAGGGAGAAAAGAUAGACCAGGCCAAGGUUGAGAAACUGAGUGAACAGCAAGUUGGUCAGCUAUACGAGCUGAUGAUGGCUAUCAAAGCAAGGCGAGAGGGCGGCGAGGGCGAAGGCCAUGAGCCCUCGUAACCCUGCUACAGCUCCGAUAUACUGCCGAUAGCCUGGUCACGAUAAAACGAGACUGAACGAAUUGUCGGUUGUCCACAUUUCCUAGGGUCCCUCGUUGACUGGCACCAAGUCACAUAGAUGCAGUCGAGUCACGUGGUUGAAUGGAUGCAUCUUGACGAUUGCAGUACACACAGUAUUGGGUACCAGGUCUCACCGAGCAUUGUAAUAUAUGUAAUGUACUCUUAAGAGCAAGGUAUGACCUUCUAAAUCUUAUAGGAUAGGUAGACAAGCAACUCCAUGUAAGCAACUCCA